AUCAUUACACAAACACUUUCAUACCAAAGACACUCCCAAGUUAAUAUGGCUACAUCACCAACUUACAAGCACUUACUUCUUCUUUUUCUGUUGCUUAGCUUCACAACCAUGACAGCCAGAGCCAGAAGUUUGAGGGAGAUUAAGGAUGAUGCAGUUAAGAAGGGUCAAACUGGUUUGUUUAAGCCACAACAUGAAAGUGCACAAGAGAGCAAUGAUGAGUUGGAUACAAUGGAUUACACACCUGCAAAAAGGAACCCACCCAUUCAUAAUUGAAGUUUUCCAUUUUUUUUUUCUUCAUUUUUUUGUUAGAAAGGGCAUCAAUCUCUCACAGUGCUUAGUUUAUUAAUCUGCAGUCCUAUAUUCUAGGGCCUUCAAUGUAUAGAUAUUGUUUGUACUUUGAAGCUAGGAAAUCCACACUUAAACCAUGAA